AUGCUUGGUGUACAAAAUAAUUGCUCCUCCUUCCCUCGUUCUUCUUUGGCACCCCAUAACUUCGAUUACGGAGAUCCAUACGCAUGGUAUAACUACGAGUGGACGGUGUCACAAAGACUAAUUCGGCAUUUCUUCAACGGUUGGAACGAAUUGUCACCUCCUACACUAUCACAGAUUAUGAUUUUCUUGAGCUGUGAAAAUCCGAUGAAUUCUUCUCUUUAUGUGGACACGACUCCUUGCGGCCUUAACUAUGGAUCACUAAAUCAUUCCAACUCUUCUCUAGGAUCGAGUAAUUAUAAUUAUGUGACUCUUGGGGGCAUGAAUGCCUCGGAUUUGAUGGAACUGUGCAGCAUAGAGAAGAUGCUUACGCUCCCAAAGAUUGAUUACGGGAACAUCUCUUUUAAAGAAAUUCACGGAGAACCGGCGUACGGGUUUGAGCUUUCAUGGUUCAACGACCAAUGUGAAAAUUGCACGGAAGGUUGCUACCUCGACAGCGCAAACCGUCUUCAAUGCAUUGGUAAGUAA